GACUACAGUAUUGAUGAGUAAACUUUUGUCUGUAGAUAGUUGAAGCGAAUUCAUUUUUCUGUACGUAUUUUGGCUGGUGAUAAUUACUUUUCCAUCAAUGGUCAGGUUCCAGAGACUAUAUAUAUCAUGAUUAUGGGAAGAGUAUCUCACAUUCUCACAUUAUGGAAGGAACUUCUCGAACACUUCCUUACACCAUAAGAUUCGUUGGUCUUCUUGGUAGUCAUUCUCUUGGUAGAAAUCCAAAGUUUAUGGCUACUGCAGUAGAUUUAGGAAGAGAAUUGAUAAGGCGAAGAAUUAGUCUUGCUUAUGGAGGAGGCAACGUUGGCCUACAAGGAGCUGUUGCUUCAACAGUCUUUACCAAUGGUGGUCUCGUUAGAGGUUUCAUUCCUGGGUACAUAGCAACACGACGGGUCUACGGACCUACAUACGGCGUAGAGCACACAGUUUCCAGCAAUUACUACAAAUAUUUUGAGAUGAAUCAUGCCGUGGAAGCUUUCAUCAUUCUUCCCGGAGGAGUUGACACUAUGGAAGGUUUGUUCACCUUGAUCUCAUGGGCUUCUGAAGGGUUACACAAUAGACCCAUUGGUCUCUUGAACAUUGACGGUUAUUUCAAUAACCUACUCAAAUUUCUAGACGAUGCGGUGAGGCAGAACUUCAUGGUUUCCAGUCAGAGGAAACUUUUUAUUUCUUCUUUCUUUGUUGACGAGCUUUUAGACAAACUAGAGUUUGCUAAAGCUUUCCCGGAUCCUAGAGCUAGUUAUGACAACUUUGUAAAUCCUGGAAGAUUAGACUUAGAAUUGCAUCUCUAACAUUUCCUUUGUAAUCCAAGUUGCAUUCAUAUCGUCCACGAACAUUACGAGUUAGCCACAAUUAUCAAUCUAAGCUGCAUGGUCAAUGCAAUUACAUUUUCUUCAUUCUUUAGUUUUUCACUCUUGGUGUCACUGUUUCACUUCUUGUUUUUGUAUCGUCACCACGUCACAAUCUUUCAUGUCGAAUGAGUCAAUUACUUCAUUAUUUCGAUUAGACUACAUUGACGUUUUCGGUGAUAAGAAAUUAGGUCAUUAAUU